CCUAUGUUGUUUAGAACAUGUUAAGUGUUUUUUGAAAGUGAGAUAAUGUUACAGUGAGAGUGAGGUAGUGGAUGACACAACUGAGAGCUAACAAUGGUUUUACCCUCUUCCUCUUCCUCCCUCUCCCUUUCCUUCUUCUUUCCCACUCCCACUCUGCUUCCCAAUAACCUUAUCUUCAGAAACAAUACCAGGGCAAUCCUUAAAUGCCCUUCAUCCGAUGAAAGACCACGCUUUUCAUGUUGUGCUCUAAAGCCCACUUCACAAAACAGGAUUUUUAGAAGGGAUUUGAUGCUGUUAGGCCUCACCUCGCUAUCUCUAACAUGCCCACUUUCAGUCACUCUUGCUGAAGAAGAGCCCAAAAUGGCUUCAUUUUUGGAUGAAAUAAAUGCCUAUUCUUAUCUGUACCCUGUUGAGUUGCCUUCCAAUGAUUUUUCCUUCAAAUGGGUAGAAUCCCGAAAGCCUGAGCGAUAUUCAUCAGCUGCACCACUUUCUCCUGAUGCACGCCUGCGCAUUGUGUCCGAGCGUGUUGACUUUAGUGACAAUGUCAUCAUUUCUGUCACGGUAGGUCCACCAAAUUUAAGCUAUAUAAAAUCAAAGGAUAAGAGUAAAUGGAAAGCAAAAGAUGUUGCUGAUUCAGUUUUAGCUGACAGAUCUUCACUGCGGGUUACCUCAAGUCAGCGCUUAGAAGAGAGUUCAGUUCUUAAUACUCAUUCUAGUGAAAUUGAUGGUGAGAUGUACUGGUAUUAUGAAUACCUUGUUCGUAAAGCACCUAUGAAACUUACCGACAAAUCAAAUAUUUACCGGCAUUAUCUUGCUUCAACGGCUGAAAGAGAUGGUUAUUUAUACUCUAUCAGUGCUUCAACUGUCAGCCCGCGGUGGGAAAAAGUGGGGCCUUUCCUUGAAAAAGCGGUGAGUUCGUUUCGUCUUCUUAGUCCAACAGAGAAUUAUGUUCCUCCGUACAAAGAUCCCUGGAGAUUUUGGUGAAAACUCGAAUUGUUUUUAAUUGUGAUAAUUUUUGGGGGCGUGAAAUUUACUAUUAUUUAUGCAAUCAUUUCAUUUUUCUUCGAAGAAGGCAAAUUAAAAUAGCAUCCCAUAUUCUUUGGGUUAUCUUGCAAAGAGAUGAGAGCAGAACUUGACGCCUUGUAAUUCUGUUUUGCUAAAUGUAUCUUAACAAAGGGUGGGAAACACAUUGUGGGAAUCCGAUUCACUCAUUUAUUUGUCUCGUAGUUUAGCUAGUUGACUUGAUGGGACAAACUGCAAUUGUUUUAUUAUGCUUUACUUAGUUCUCAUGUAGUUCUUUUUUCUGGUACAUGUACGAAAGUAAAGAAAAAAGUUCUCGUAGUUUUUUGA